AUGGUGCCACUCAAGAGUAUGUUCGACGGGAUAGAUGUUAAACGACAGGGUACCAUCGACCAUGGAGCAAACGACCUCACCCCCAUCGGAUUCCUCCCCAACGAUAUCCUCUGCAAAAUCUUCUCUGACAUAAAAGAAGGCUACGGCGACAAACUGGGAUGGAUCCGACUUUCUCACGUCUGCCGUCGCUGGCGCGAUGCAGCACUCGACUACUCCAGCUUUUGGAUGAACGUCAGAGACGGAAACCCGGAUCGUAUCCUCGCCUUCCUCGAGAGGUCCAAAGAUGCAGCGACAUCGGUGACUCUCACUUCUACUCAUCUGUCUCCUCAAGCCGAGGCAGUAUUUCAGCAAUACUUAUCGGAUGCUCAUCGGUUUGAUUCUCUCACUUUUCACUCCUCUUUUACACGGCUACAAGAAAGGAUGAUGGCGCUUGGCUCUACGGCCUCCAACCUACACACCCUCCUCCUCAGGAACAUUGGAGAUGAACGAGGCUGGAGACAGCCUCAGGGGGAAGAUCUGGGAUCUAUUCUUCCAGACGGUGCUCCCCAACUCCGAGCCCUCGCCCUGGAGCACUGCAGGAUCUCCCCACCGUUUCGCCUUUUCGAAGGUGUAACGAAGCUCAGCCUCACCUGCCAUUCCACUACAUGGAGCCUCACAGAACUUCUCGACAUAUUCUCCUUGAUGUCGAGGUUGGAGAAGCUGCAUCUUGACGUUCGGUUCAAGCGGGAGGAUAUCCCAGCGGACCGGAUUGUUGUUUUACCCCAUCUACAAACUAUGACUGUCAAUGGGAAGCUUCAGGAGUACACCGACAUCAUGCCCCACCUCGCCAUCCCCUCAGACACCAGUAUCACGGCCGAUUGCUGGGACUAUGGUGGCGAUGCACCCCCUCCUCGUUCCCUGCUCCCUUACCGCCUCACACAUGCAUCUACGGCCUCCACACCCGGUUCCCCAUCAUUCGAACGACAAGAAGCGAAAUCCGUCUCUUUCACAACCAACAUGCAUUCGAUCAUAGUCAAGAUCUGGCCAGACGCUAGCUCGUAUGCUUCUAACUUCAUCAGGUACCACCUGCGUGGACCAUUUCUUCAACCUACGGAACACCCAGCGCUCUUAGCAAUAGCGCUGGACACUACGAGGACGCUACGAUGGUAUAACAAGGACUCAGAAGCUGAUCUUGAGGACGAAGCGGUGGAAGCGAUGUUCAGCACGAUGGACGCUGUGAAAGAGGUCCUGAUUACCCUACGGACCGCGACGCAGUUUCUAUCCGCGUUGAAGACUCGACCAGCAAUAUUUCCUGCACUCGCUUCCCUCACCAUCGUAAAAGCCAGGUUUACCACACGAAGGGGCUAUUACGGAAUUGACUUUGAUGACUUAUUGGACGCACUCCAACGAAGAGUUGAAGUUGGGAACCCACUGAAGAGGAUCGCGUUCAGGAAUUCUGAGCAACCCUCGGAGGAACAAGUUGCGGCUCUUUCAGAACUUGUUGAAGUGAUAGAAAUGGAAGAAGAAGUGUAG